CACUGUGUGUUUAUAGUGUAAAACUUUUCGGUCUUCUCUCCCAAACCCAAAAACCAGAGCAAAACCAGAAAGAAGGAAAAUAUGCAUUCGUUUGGGUACAGAGCUAAUGCUUUGCUAACCUUUGGACUCACAAUCCUCGCGCUCAUGUGCGCCAUGGCUUCCAUCUCGGACAACCUCAACCAUCCUUCACCCACUGCCCAAGUCCAGGUAUUGAACAUCAAUUGGUUCCAGAAGCAACCCAAUGGGAACGACGAGGCCAGCAUGACUUUGAAUAUAUCAGCAGACUUACAGUCAUUGUUUACAUGGAACACAAAGCAGGUUUUCGUUUUUCUGGCUGCUGAGUAUGAAACCACGAAGAACUCCUGGAAUCAGAUCUCCCUUUGGGAUGGUAUCAUACCUUCCAAGGAACAUGCAAAGUUUUGGAUUCACACUUCAAACAAAUACCGUUUCAUCGAUCAGGGAACCAAUCUCCGAGGUAAAGAAUUCAACUUGACGUUGCACUGGCAUGUCAUGCCCAAGACAGGGAAGAUGUUUGCCAACAAGUUAAUCAUGUCCGGAUACCGCUUACCUGAGGAAUAUAGAUGAUGAUUUGUUGUCUAAACUUGCUGCUGUAACUUUAGCACAUGGACGUGUAUGAUGUCUUAAAUUAGAAAAACUAGAAGAGGGUAAGGAUUGAUUCACAUUUGAGAAAGCAAAAUGAAAGAAAUUUUAUUGGAUUUUUCAAUAGUUAGUUAACGUUAUUGCCAUA